AUGCCUACCCUCACAAACUGGAACGAAGAAAUCAAAUACGUCGUCCCAGACAACAAAUUCAAGACUCCCCAUUCCAUCUCCGAAGUUCAAACCAUCAUCAAAGAUGCCGCUCAGCACAACGAAAAAGAAGCCAUGACAGCCACCGUCCAAGCCGGCGUUGCCAUCCAUCAAUUAUGCGAAUAUCUCAAACCUCUUGGUUUUCAACCCCCAGUCAUCCUCGAAUACGGCGACUUCCAAAUCGGUGCCAUUAGUGGAACUCAAGCGAACGACAGCUCUCUUUCCGACAGUGCUCAAUUUCCUUCAUUUGUUAUUGGUGUCAAACUCGUUAAGGCCAAUGGAGAGAUGAUGGAAAUCUCAGAAAAGCAGAAUGCCGAAUAUCUGCCCGUCAUUCGCUCUCACUAUGGUCUCUUCGGCGUGGUCUGCGAAGUUACCAUCCGUAUCUGGAAGACCAGACACCUGGAGAUCAGCUACGAGAUGACUGAUCUCGAAUCCUUUUCCAAAGACGUGGUCGGCAACGUGAACAAACUCCGUAACUCCCACGAUCAAGCCUUUGGCCUUCUCUUCCAAGCCGAUGGCAAAAUCAUGAUUUCAAAAAGGAAAUUCGUGGAUGCUACCGCAAAGCCAACUCAUCCUUNNCAAACCAACAAUCUAGAAGCCAAAGCCAUAGACCUAAUAANNGCUGAUCUCGUGCUUCCUCUCGCCAAAGCAUCAGGUCAACUGAAACUACCCGCACACCAGCAAGAAUGGCUGAGCACGACUUUAAUAGAUUUACCUCUCAGAGCUCUGAGCUACAGCAUCUACAUCANNAUCGACCCUAAUGAUGGCGCAGUCCCCUACCUUGACUCCUAA